AUGAGUUUGACUCAAGAAGGUGUCUUGGCGUUCCUGCUGGAGCGAGGCGGACAGGUGAGCAGCUCCGAGCUCCUGGCCGAGUUCGGAGGUCUGUUGAGGAGCGGCGAUCCCGCGCGCGCGGCACACCUGAGGGCCACCUUCAAACGGUGUGUGGACAACGUUGCCGUGGUGAAGGAGAUGGACGGCGUCAAACAUGUGGUCGUCAAAAAGGUAUAUGUUCAUAUGCUGAGGCGGUCGGUGAGCUCAACUGCAGAGGAAUCUGGGUUGGAAACGGAUGUAAAUGCGCACAACUCUUCGCCGGGAUCUACCAGUGGGAGUUCAACAUCUCCAGAUGGCACUCCGUGUUUUGGUGACAGUCUUGUAGCCAGUUCUUCCAGCCUUAAAUGCUCAGAUAACAGACAAAGUGGCUCUGCUGCAGAAAUGGCGCUCCGGAGAUGCAGGUCUUCGGAGAAGCCGAAAAAGGAGGCGCCACGUGUCACUGCAGGAGCUUCACAAAGCAAGUGGAUGGGUCUUUCAAAAGACCCAUCAGGGGUAAGGGCAGAUGUGGUUCGGAAACCUUAUGCGCUGCCUUUGAGAAUGCCUCCAUCCCAGAUGGACGCAAAAGUCCCAACAUGCGCCAAGGAGGAGCUUUCAAAGAAGACAAUCCCUGAAGAAAACCUUUGCUUAGAGGCUGAGGAACUGCGGGGACUGCACCUGUCAUACACGAGAAAAAGAUUCGAAAGCGCUAAGACCGCUGACAAGCAACGGUACUCAGAAAAUGUCCCACUGGAGGCCGCAGGCCAUGACUGGCUGAUGAAGACCGCGUUGGGACAGUGGCACCAAGUCCAUGCCCUUCUGUUGCAGGACACUCAACUGGCUGAGAAGAGAGACUUCUUGUCCGGCUUCACAGUCCUCCACUGGGCAGUUAAACUGGGAAACACCGAUAUGAUCAGCACAGUCAUCGAGGUAGCGAAGCGGGCUGGCACGAAGGUUGACGUGAACCGCAAAAGCUACGGAGGCUACACGCCGUUGCACAUAGCGGCCAUACAUGACCAUGAAGCUGCUAUCGCUUUGCUUGUAAACCACUAUGGUGCUGACAGGGACAUAAGGGACAACAGUGGGAAGAAGCCUUGUCACUACCUGCACAAGCAUGUGUCACCUGAAGUCAGAGAGCUGCUGGGGGCUCCACGUGUCCUGCAGCAUCAAACCACCCCCAGCUAUACUGAAGUGGAUCACUUCACAGAGACGGUGAAGGGCUUUAACACGAUCAGUAAACUGUUCCAACCAUAUUCAGCCGUGCACAGAAAAAGGCACAAACGUCCAGAAAUGCAUUUAGUAAGUGAAAACCCAGAUAGUGAUUAA